AUGGCGCUAUGCCGCGCCGCCGCCGUUCUCCUCAGGACCCGCCUGCGGGGCCCCUUCACGUCCCCCUCGCGCAAAGCCCUAAUAAACCCUCUCCUCGCGCCGCCGCGCCGACACUUCUCGCCGCGGCCGCCGCCUCCCGUCCCCGCCACCGCCGGGGCCGCCGCUGCUGCUGUCGCGGAGGCCGCGGAGGAGGCGUUCGAGGCGGCGAGGUCAACGAACGACAUGCUCGCGGCGUUCUCCCGCCUCGAGGCCGCCGUGCCCGCCAACGACAAGCGCCUCGCCCUCGCCUGCCUCAAGCUCGGUCAGCACCUCGAGGCGUCCGGCUCCGCCGACGCGUCCCGCGUCCUCGCGCUCGCGCUCCGAUGCCUGGGCAUCCUCGAGGCCAGCCCCAACGCCGCCACCCCCGCCUCUGCCUCCGCCUCAGACGCCGUCUCGCUCGCCAUGGCACUACACCUCGCGGGUUCCGCCUCCUUCGACCUCUCCCGCUUCCACGACGCGCUCUCCAUCCUCUCCCGCGCGCUACGCCUCCUCGCUCCUCUCCUCCCCGAUGGAGGCGUCGCGUUCGGGGCUGGAGAGGAACCGGGAGGGUUCGACGUCAGGCCCGUGGCGCACGCGGUGCGGCUGCAGCUGGCCAACGUGAAGACGGCGCUGGGGAGGCGGGAGGAGGCGCUCGCCGACAUGCGCGCCUGCCUCGACCUCAAGGAAUCCAUUCUGCCGCCGGGCAGCCGGGAGCUGGGAGUCGCGUACCGGGACCUCGCGGAGGCGUACGCCACCCUGCUUGACUUCAAGGAGGCGCUGCCGUUCUGCCAGAAGGCGCUGGAGCUGCAUGGGUCGACGCUCGGCAAGAACUCCGUGGAGGUUGCGCACGACAGGCGCCUGCUUGGGGUGAUAUACACUGGGCUAGAGCAGCAUGAGCAGGCGCUGGAGCAGAAUGAGAUUUCGCAGAAGGUGAUGAAGAGCUGGGGCGCGGCUGGUCCUGACCUCCUGCACGCUGAGAUCGACGCGGCAAACAUCAAGAUCGCAUUGGGCAAGUUUGAUGAGGCUGUCAAUGUGUUGAAGAAUGUCGCUAAGCAGGUGGAGAAGGAUAGCGAGAUGCGAGCUCUAGUUUUCAUAUCGAUGGCAAAGGCGCUCGCUAACCAGGAGAAGGUUGGGGACACAAAGAGGUGCUUGGAGAUUGCUUGUGACAUCCUGGAGAAGAAGCAAUUUGCCACAGCUGACAAAGUGGCAGAGAUGUAUAUAGAGGUAUCCUCACUGUAUGAGAUGGUGAAUGAGUUUGGAAAGGCAAUAUCUUUGCUGAAGAGGAGCCUGGGAAUGCUUGAGAGGAUCCCUCAGGCACAGCAUUUGGAGGGCAAUGUCGCAGCGAGGAUUGGGUGGCUUUUGCUCUUGACCGGUAAGGUCACUGAAGCUGUCCCAUACUUGGAGGAUGCAGUGGAGAGGAUGAAGGACAGCUUUGGUCCGAAGCACUACGGAGUAGGGUAUGUAUAUAACAACUUGGGUGCUGCUUACAUGGAGAUGGACCGACCACAGUCCGCUGCUCAAAUGUUUGCGCUCGCUAAAGAAGUCAUGGAUGUCUCCUUAGGACAUCACCAUUCAGAUACCAUCGAGGCUUGUCAGAGCCUUGCUAAGGCCUACGAUGCUAUGGGAAGCUAUCCCCUGGCUAUGGAGUUCCAAAAGAGAGUGGUGGAUUCAUGGCGAAAUCAUGGCGCCGACGCUAGGGAUGAGCUCAAGGAAGCUUUGCGACUCUACAACCAGAUCAAGGCAAAGGCGCUUGCAUGCCUAUCACCUGGAGGUUCAGCAAACGCAUUGCCUGAACCUCAGGAGCAGGAAACAGAUUCAGAUACUGCCAAAGCUGUGCAACGGUAG